UGUAGUAGCAGAAACAAGCCCGUACCUCUGAUCCUCGUGGACUCAGUCUGGGCAGAUGGGGACUGUUUAUCUAACCCAGUCCAAAAUUACAAGACAUUUGUAAUUGCCUUUUUUUUCUUGCUUCAUUUUUUAAGGCCGAGUCAGAGGGAGAUGGAUGCUUGCUCGACAAUAGGAGAAAGCACGGAUGCGAUUGUGAUGGAUGAUUCUCCUACAAAUGAAAGGGGAAUUCAAGAGGCUUGCCAAAGCGAGAUCCCGGCGGUCUCUCUGUGCCCUCCCGACAGUGUGUGUGCUGCUGAGGCCCAUUUGACAGUCAUCCAGACUGAAGGGGAGCUAUGUGACAGCUGCAGCAGCCUUGGCAGACCCUCUUCCUCCUGUCAGCUUUAUCACCAAGUUCCCCAGGGUCCUCGUGCCGGGGCCUACGAUUCGCUACAGCCCCGGAAAUGUCCCCAUUGCAGCCAUCAGGAGCCAAUUAAACCAAACACCUGCCAGGACUGUCAUUCAAACACAACAGGGCCUCAUGCUGAAGGAGUUGUAGUGGUCAAAAUGGGACACAGUUGUAGUUCUGCACAUCAAUCACGUCACAGUGCUGUGAGAUGUCACUGGCUGCACGGUUCAAACGAAGGCAGGACACAAAAACCGACGCAGCGACACGUGGUGGCAGUCAGGGAUGGAGGAUUCUACUGCAUCCUUAGAAAUUAUUCCCAGGUGAUAGUGGAUUACCCUUUAGCAGUGCUCAUUGGUUGCGCUGUGCUGCUUCUGGGUUGCUCACUGGCUGGCCUCUUCAUUGGUCCAUUGCCAGACUUCUCUGACCCGCUGCUGGGCUUUGAGCCACGGGGAACAUACAUUGGAGUCCGCCAGUCCAGCUUGUCUGAGCUGCUGGAGAACACUGGCCCGGGGAAAAUUUUGUCUCCUUUACCACAGCAGCUCAGUAAAAGUUUCGGGGCUGCUGUCAGUAGAGAUGGCAGCGGCAGCCAGGACGCCUCCAGACUUCGGAAAAAGAGGAUGCUGGCCAGGGACUCAUCUCCAGAUACCUUCCUCUGCGACGCUCCUGGCGAGCAUUUGUCCCAGCUGGUGUUUCGUUCAGAAAACUCAGCCAGUCUCUGGAGCCUGAAGGCCAUCCAUGCCAUGUGUGAGAUGGAGCAAUCCAGGAUACGCUCCCAGGCCCAGUUCCAGGACCUGUGCCAGCAGCAUGUGAGGGUGGAGGCAGAGGGAACGUCCAGAAGCGGCUGCUGCCCCAGCUGGUCCCUGGGCAAUUACUUGGCUGUCCUCACUAAUGCCUCCUGCUGCCUCAGUCUAACCUCCCACCAGGUCUCUGAAUCUCUAAACCUUCUCCGGAAGUGUGCUCUGUACUAUCAUGAGGGACAUCUGGUUGAGGCUUGUGUUGAGAGACCUAAACAUGGCAGCUGCUCCUCUGUCCCGUCCCGCUGCAAACAAUCCCGCGUGGUGUUCCAAAUCCUACACUUCCUGGUUGAUAAAGACUUCCUUGGGCCGCAGACUGUUGAAUACCAAAUCCCAACGCUGAAGUACAGCCUUCUGUUCUUACCCGUGGACAAAGGAGAACACAUGAUGGAGAUAUACAUGAACACUCUUGAAGGCAGGGACCUGACGUACAACAACACGACUAUCACUGGCAUGGACUUUGGCAUCAAGCAGACACUCUUCAAGUAUUACCUGGCAAGAGAUUCAGUAUACCCUAUCCUAGCUGUUGUUUCCCUUCUUUUCACCAUGGCUCUGUAUCUCCACUCUCUCUUCAUAGUAGCAUUAUCUGUGAUAGCAAUCGCAGGCUCCCUCCUUACCUCCUAUUUUCUCUACAAAGUAGCAUUUCAGCUGACGUUCUUCCCCCUGGUCAACCUCUCCGCAGCUCUUAUUCUCUUGGGAAGUUGCUCCAAUCAGGUUUUCAUCUUUGCUGAUUUCUGGAAUCUGCAGCUAUCUCAGAACCCCAUGGCUUCCCUGGAGAAGAGAGUAAACAGAGCUUUGCAAGAAGUUGGGUAUUUGAUUUUAGCAUCAGGAUUAACCUCUAGCGCAGCAUUUUUCUCUGGCUAUCUCAGCAGCAUUACAGCAAUCAGAUGUUUUUCUGUUUACCUCGGAACUUCCUCUUUCAUCAGUUCACUUUUAGCGUUAGUGUGGCUGCCGUGCUCUUUCAUUCUGCGUGAGCGCUACACAGAAGCAUCCUCUGCAUCUGUAGCAGUGCAGGGAUGGAAACCAUGCUGUUCCAAAAACACUGGUGGCUUCUGGGAUACAAGCUCACGCAAGCGAUGCCUCUUCACUCUCGGGCAGAAGCUGAGAGAAUUGAAACGAGGUUUCGCUGACACCUCCAAUUUGUUAUUUCUCAAAAUCCUGCCUUGCGGAGUGGUGAAGUUUAGAUACAUAUGGGUGUGCUGGUUUGCAGUGCUUGCUGCUGGUGGUACGUACAUGUCUUGCAUUGACCCAGGUAUGAAACUGCCCACCCUUGACAGCAAGGUCACCCAGCUUUUCCGCUCCAGUCACCCGUUUGAGAGAUACGACGCAGAGUAUCGCCACAUGUUUAUGUUUGAGAGACAGAGGAAUGGAGAGGACAAGCCUGUGAGGUUAAUGCUUGUUUGGGGCGUCAAACCAACUGAUAACGGGGAUCACUUUAACCCAAGAAGCAACGGCUCUUUGGUUCUUGACCCAGACUUUAACAUGAGCCGACCAGACGCGCAGGUUUGGUUGAGGGACCUAUGUGUACGGGUUCAGAACCAAAGCUUCUAUGCUGCGCCAUCACCAGAGGAUAAAGAUGCAACCACAGACCAUAUCUGCCUUGUGGAGCAGCUUAUACAUUGGGUAUCUGUCAGAAGGUGCUCAGAGAGUGAUGAUGCCCUUCAUUUCUGCUGUAAUGACAUCCCUUUCCCCUACCCUCCCAGCGUUUUUGAGAACUGCCUCAGUAUGAUGCUGGCAGAGAGGUACGCUGAGGGCCAUCUGGCCCACAGUGGAGGUCUGUACUUCCAGCCAGAUGGCAAGGUCGCUGCCCUCGUGUUGGCAUUCAAAACCACAUACCUCUACAGCUUCAACUUUAGUAGAACCAGUCUUUUCUACAGAGAUAUCCUGACGUGGUUUAACAGAGAAAUAUCAGGGGCACCACAAGGGCUGGAGAAUGGCUGGUUCAUAAGUCAGCUGUCUCUUUUUGACCUACAGCAGUCUUUAAGCUCAGAGACUCUGGUGGUAGCUGGCUUCUCAGUGGCCCUCACAUUUGCUUUGCUUCUCUUAACCACAUGGAAUAUUCCAUUGAGUAUAUAUGGGACUGUGGCUGUAGGAGGCAGUGUGUUUGUCACGGUCGGCCUCCUGGUUCUUCUUGAAUGGCAGCUGAGUGGCAUUGAGGCUCUGUUUAUAUCAUCGGCAGCAGGGUUGUCUGUUGAUUUUAUUGCUAAUUACUGCAUAUCCUACAGCUCCGCUCCUCAUUCAGACAAAAUUGGGAAAGUAGCACACUCCACUAAAAGGAUGGGAUGUCCUGUAGCAAUAGUCUCUGGUGCAUUUUUCAGCAUGGGGAUCAUCAUGUUGCCUGCCACAGUCCUGCUAUUCAGAAAACUUGGGAUUUUCCUGUUUUUGGUGAAAUGCGUAGCAUGUGGAUUUGCAACCUUCUUUUUUCAGUCCCUGUGCUGCUUUUUUGGACCCCAGAAAAACUGUGGAAAGAUCACGCUGCCAUGCUUUUCAGACCAGACCGACAGUGUGCUGUCAUCAAGCUCAGCAGCAGCAGAACCUUGUUCCUCAUCUGCCUCAGCUGCUAAUGGGGCCUUUGGCAGAUCUAGAGUGAGGAGGAGUUAUGACAAAGACGCAGGUGGCUAUCUGUACCCCAACCACCAGCGUCAGCAGAGGCAGAAACAGAGUGGAGCGGGAGGAGGAGGGGGCAGAGGGCAGGAGCAGUACGAGCUGCAGCCGCUGGCCUACCGGCUGAGUGACAGCUUUGAAAACAGCACCUGCACCAGUAAGCUGUCCAACCGGCCCUCUGUGCUCUCUGAUGAGAUUGAGUACUCUGGGAGAGAUGUGGAUGGGGACAGUGAGGAGAUGCAAAGUCGUCAACAUAAGAUCAGCCAACCGCCUCCAGCUCUCCAGACCUCAUCUCCUUACAAAGAGAACACUCUGCGACCUGCAGGUCUAGCACAAGAGGACCUAACUAAGGACAGGCUGCUGUGUAAAACUUGCCGAAGUCAGUGUGGUGGGGUGAAACACUGGAGCAAUACAUCUUUCUCCUCAUCUUCUAGCAUAGAGGAGACUAUAAUCAGCCACACACUUGAGACCAUCGACCAGCCAUCCCUCUGCAAAGAGGAACAAACCACAGAUGAGCUCCAUCACCAUCAUCACUAUCACCUCUCCUCCCAGUCUCAGAGCUCCUGCGAGGGUCUGGAGGACUCCAACGAAACGUGCCUGAGUGACAUCGAACCAGGGCCUUCAAAUACACAGCAAAAUGAAGAAGAAGGGGAAGUUCAUUUACAACCAGGACACCUAAAUGGGAAAAGAGACACGCUUCGUCUCUCAUUGAAAGAAACAGUUUAUGAGACUUGUGGUAAGGGCCGCAGCAGCCAGAGUGAAGAAGUCGUUAUUUUACCCAACAGUAAGCCAGACUUGCCGGACGUUUGGAUAAAGAGAGACGGACAACGGGAGGAUACAUGUUGAGCAAAGCUGGAGGAAUCUUUUUCAACACUGUGCAUUUAUUGCUCUGAAUAUAUGAAGAGGAAUCACUGUACUUACACAAGCAUAUAGGAUUUACAAAGGGAGCACAAUGCUGUUCCUUUUGUAUAAUACUAAAGGGAAAUAUAAGCCAACUGCAAAUUUAACAUGUGACAGCAUGUUUGUCUAGUGUUGCUGCUAAGGUUGUUACCGUUUCUGUUCAGAGCAUGAAAGUUAAAUUGUUCAGCAAAAGGUCAAAUCAAAGCAUGAUUUGUUCAUCCCGGCAUUUUCAGAAGAAGACAGUAAAAGAUUAAGCUUUCCUUUCAGCUCUAACCUUGCACCAGUAUCACACUUGAAGAAACUAAAGCUACAGUAUGUGGUCAACAAAAGAAUUAUCAAGUACUGCACCUGCUGCCUGCUGUUGCAGAAUUUACUUCGUGCCUGGAACUUUCUAACAUCUGCACAGACUGGGUUACAACAAAUACAAUGCCACCAGCAUCCAACCGCUGGCCUUUCUCCGUGCUCGAACUUAUCUUAACAAGCCAUAUUACAUUCAAGGACUUGACUGAAAACAUGUUAAAAGAUAAAUGUGAGAAAUACAGAGAAAGUGCUGCAUUGUAUGUGCCUGCAUACAGAAUUACAUACAGUAUGUUAGCCAGAACCAGUCAUUAUCACGUCAACUGUGACUUGACUAUAGCCAAGAUCCUACAGUUGGGUUUGUGAUGAUAAUGUGUACAGUAUGUCCUCUGUGACCAUGAUGUAGAAAAUCAGAAACCUGCGGUUUGCGAUGUGUUGUUUGUAGUGUCAUGGCUUGUUUGCAUUUACUGUUUCGCUGUCAAAUUGAAAAAGUCAUGCUGUUUAUUCCAGUGUCAGUGCCCACAAAUGUCAUGUUUACUUAAAAAGGCAAAAAAGGGUUUUAAUACAGAUAGAACACUAUAUGUGGGUUUAUACAAUUUUGGUGAGUUGGUGCGUACUGUCCCAGGAUCUGUCAAUUGGCUGUGUAUACCUUUGCCUUUAGUGAGCAGCAGUGAGCUCUAAUUGAGAUUACUAAAGCAGUAGUUUUACCAUCACAUGCUUUGACUUGUACAUAAACCUUGUUGCAGCACUCUUAAGAGAAACUCCAACUGGCAGAUAUCUAAAGGAACAGAAAGCCUUUUAACACCCCCUCCCUCCCCUACUGUCAGCUGAUUCUACAUGUCUCAUUACCACUCAAAUAAUGGUACAGAAGACAUGUGAAGCAUGUGCCAAACUUCUUUCAACAGAUUGUUUCGAACGCUGAAACAGCUGUAUCUGUGUGUUUUUGUGCCAAGGAUGUGUCCUUUACAAAAGUAAAAUAAGGUAUGUGUUUAUAGUCUUAUAUAUUAUAUUAAGUAUGGAAUAAAGAGGUGUCAGAGGUCCAGAGAAGGUGGUUUAACACAAAGACCUUAACAAGAAGAGUCAAAUGUGCCUAUGAGCAGGGUUGUUUCUCAUUGUAAGACGUGUUUGCUUUUGACAUCUUGACUGUAUAAUCACAAUUCUUCAAUGAGCCUUCACUACAAAUCACUCAGCAGAAUGACCUGCCUUGGAGGUGAAUUAUACCAAUCACAGGCUUUCUAUGAACAAAAUAAGUAAAAAGGUCACCACCCACUCUUAUUUACAGGUGUCAAUGUUGUAAUUUUUCACAAAACUGGAAUAAAAUAAAACAUUUAUUUUCCUGCAGACUGGUUUUUAAUUCAUUUUACAUCUUGGUUGGAGUGCCAGACAGAUUUCAAGCUACACAUACACUGAGAGCAGACUUUACAGUGAAGGACACAUCU